GCCGGUUCAUUCCCCGCCCACCCGCUCUCUCCUCGCGCUGGACGGCGGACUCGAGACGGAGACCGAUUCACCCACGCGACCGUCAUUAACCGAUCAUAUAUCGUGAUACCAUUCAAGACCGUAGUGCGCCAUGGCGCCUCGCCGGAGCGCUGCCGUUGAGGCGGAGGAACAGGAGCCGGAAGAGGGAAUCGCCCGCCUGCAGUUCAACGAGCCGCUGACAUGGCGCCCUGGGAAACCGAUUGCGAUUGACACACUGCUCAAGAGGCUCGACCGAUUGACCAAGGAGCUGGCUGAGAUGGACCAGGAAAUGACCGACCCGGGGUCGCUCACCAAGGUCGCCAAGGAGGUCGCAUCCCACCAGCUCCUCAACCACAAGGACAAGGGUGUGCGUGCCUACACGGCCUGCUGUGUUGUUGAUAUCCUCCGCCUCUGCGCCCCAGAUGCGCCCUUUACACCGUCCCAACUAAAGGACGUCUUUAAUCUCACCGUCACCUCCAUCAUUCCCUCCCUCUUUGAUCCGUCAAAUCCUUACAACAACCAGCACAAAUACGUCCUGCGCUCUCUGGCCGAAAUUAAGAGUGUCGUCCUGCUUCUCGACGUCGAUGGGAGCGAAAACCUCCUCCUUCACCUCUUCUCCACCAUUUUCGACGGCGUGUCGGGGUCAAAGUCGGCUUCGGGAGAACAAGUCGCCAAGGAUGUGGAGUAUAGUAUGCAGGAGCUCCUGGGCGUGCUUGUGGAGGACGCCACGAGCCUCCCGGCAAAGGUUGUCGAUGUGAUGAUGGCCCAGUUCCUACGUGCGGCUGCACCAGGGACUGGCAGGGAGAAGCACAACCAUGCCCAGCUGGACGAAAACCAGGCCACUCUUUUGGCCAAGGAAGAACCCGAGGCCUACCAGAUCGUGAAGCACAUGUGCCAAAUAUUUCCCGACAAGAUGGCCCGCUUCGUUAGCCAGUAUUUCAGCGAUGUUAUUGUCGAUGCGACGGGUUUCGCUGGAAGGCCCGAUAGGGACGACGAGGAUGAUGACGGGCCCUCCGCACCGUCCGAGUCGGAUCUAAGAGAAUUGCGGAAAGCGCACACACUCAUCCGAGAGAUCUGGAAGGCCGCGCCCCAGAUCCUUCAGAACGUGGUUCCACAAGUCGAUGCCGAACUCUCUGCGGAUAAUGUACACCUUCGCUUCCUUGCGACCGAGACGCUGGGCGACAUGAUUUCGGGUAUUGGUGCUGCCGGCCCUCCCCCUCCCCCGGUAUUAGACCCGGCUGGCUACCCGCCGUUGGGUUUGGACGACGAGGACAAGACUGAGGCAUCUGCGACGAACAUCCUAACCACGCCGCUCUCCGCCAUCUCUUUCUCGCAGACUCAUAACGUAACUUUCCACAACUUCCUCAGCAGGAGAAACGACAAGUCGCCAGCCAUCCGGGCCGCGUGGACAACAGCAGUUGGGCACAUUCUUUCAACCUCGGCCGGUGGAAUCGGGCUAGGGCGCGAAGACGAGACGGCGCUGAUCCAGGGAAUCGGAGAGAAGCUUUCGGACGGCGAUGAGAAGGUCAGACUGGCAGCCGUCAAGGCCAUUGAGUGCUUCAGCUUUCGGGACGUCAUCUUGAAGCUCGGGCCCAGUGGAGGUGUCGGUAAGGAUGGCUCCGUCUUAUCCACCCUAGCCGAUCGCUGUCGUGAUAAGAAGCCGGCCGUCCGCGUUGCCGCCAUGUCCCUGCUGGGGAAGCUCUGGGGAGUCGCGGCCGGAGAGCUCCUCGCCGGCCACGAGGCGGUCACAGCUGCGCUCGGGGCCGUUCCCACCCGCAUCUACAACUCAUUCUACGCUAACGACCUCGAGCUCAAUGUCUUGUUGGACCGCGUCAUCUACGAAUGUCUCGUACCGCUCUCAUACCCGCCACCGAAGAAGACCCCUAAAAAUGCCACGUCCAACGGCAGCUCUCAAUCCCAAGCUGCGGGAGCGGCGACAUUCGAUCCUGAUGCGAUACGGGCGGAAAGGAUACUACUUCUCCUCAAAUCCCUCGAUGUCAAUGGCAAAAAGGCCUUCUUUGCCAUGCAGGCGAGACAGCCCCAGUUCGCCCAUGUCCUCGAGACUUAUGUCAAGCAAUGCGACCAGUUCAACGGGGGUGUAAUGGACGACAAUGCCUCCAAGAAGACGGCUAACCUCAACAAAACAACGCGGUAUAUCGCUCAGUUCCUCCCCGAUGGAGCUAAAGCGGAGCAAGAACUUUACCGGUUCGCCAAAGCCAAUGACCGGCGCAGCUACAACCUCAUCAAGUUUGUCAUCGGCCAGGAACACGACUUCAAAACGGUCCACAAGGCGCUUAAGGAGUUGAUGAAGCGCGUCCAGGGCAGCAAGGACCCUGUUGUCCGGGAUACGCUGCUGCCCCUCCUCUACCGGUCUGGCUGCCUGAUGUUCAACCGCAGUCACCUCGCUUCCAUCAUGGAAUUCUCGAGGUCGGACAAGAACAACAUGGGCUCGGCCGCCCAUGAAAUCUUGAACGAGAUAUCGCAACGGAAUCCGGACCUGUUCAAGACCCACAUCGGACAGCUCUGCAAGGACCUUGUAGACCAGGCUCCCACGCAGACACGGGAGAAUGAUUCGGUGGUCGUCGAGACGUUGAAGGCGUGCUCGACAUACGCCCGCAAGUACCCCAAGGAUGUACCGGCCGAUAAGGAGUUCAUGCGGACCAUGAUCAACUAUGCGCUCUACGGCCAACCUACCAGGGCCGCAAAGUAUGCGGUAAACAUCCUGCUCGCCAAGAAAGACGACAGGAGCCUGGUCAGCGCAACCGACCUGCUUCAGCGAACUCUAAAAGACUGGUCGUAUGAGUCGAAGAACUUCCUAAACAAACUGGCCGCCGUGAGCCAACUUGAGCUUCUCGCACCCAAGGUCACUCAAGAGGCAGAGGAUAAGAUCCUCAACAUGGCAGUCCAGCAGGUUCUUCUCGAUGUCCGGAAAGAGGCCAGCGCCAAAGACCCGGAUUGGGUCGACGACGCCGAUUUGGACGAGGAAUGCCAAGCCAAAUGCCUCGCCCUCAAGACCCUAGCUAACAGGCUAAGGAGCACGGAGGACGUUGACGAGGCGAAGGAGAAGGCAAAGGCGGUCUGGAAACUGUUCAUGAAGCUGAUACGCUCCAAGGGAGAGCUUUCUAAGUCUAAGGAGACCCCGAAGCAUCACCGGGCGCGGUUAAGGCUGCUCGCGGCGCAGCUGCUGCUGAAGCUGUGCACGCAGAAACACUUCGACGAGUUGCUCUCCCCGGAAGACUUCGACGCGCUCGCUCUCACAACCCAAGAUGCUGUUCAAGAAGUUCGCCACGGCUUUGUGAAGAAACUGCAGAAGUAUCUUGCGGACAACAAGCUGCGGUCCCGGUUCUACACCGUCGUCUUCUUGAUGGCGUUCGAACCAAAUACCGAGUUCAAGCAGCGGACCGAGACCUGGAUCCGGUCGCGAUCGCGCCAUUUCCAAGACAACAAGCAACCUGUUCUCGAGGCCGUCAUGCCUCGACUCUUGUCGCUUCUUGCCCACCACCCUGACUACAGCGCCGAACCAGACGAGCUGGUCGACCACGCCCGGUACAUGCUCUUCUACGUCAGCCUGGUCGCGACCGAAUCCAACAUCGGCCUCAUCUACAAGUACGCCGAGCGCGUCAAGCAGACACAGGACUCCCUGGACCUGCGGGGCAACAACCACCAGGUGCUGAGCGACCUGGCGCAGGCCGUCAUCAGGAAGUGGCAGGACAAGAAGAACUGGGUGUUCAACGCCUACCCGGGCAAGGUCGGGCUGCCCGUCGGUCUGUACAACGCGCUCAAGUCCCACGACGAGGCGCAGGCCAUCGCCGAGAAGCAGCUCGUGCCGGACGGCGUCGACGAGAAGCUAGACGAGCUUCUCAGGGCGAUGGAUCGUAAGAAGAAACGCAAAUCCGCCGACGACCGCGGCGAUCCCAACCACCCCUCCAAGAAGGCCCGCAUCCAAUCCAAAUCUAAAUCCGCCUCUGGCCAGCCCAAGGAACCCAGGCCAAUCAAGAGCGCCAAGAAGGCCGGCAGCACCCCCAAGCCGAAAAAGUCCUCCUCCUCGAACAGCAAGCCCAAGAAGUCUGCCGCCGGGCGGGCCAUUCCCGACUCGGAGCGGCGGCGGAGCGGCCGCUCGGCGGGGCUGAACCAGUCGUAUAUGGAGCGCGAUUCGGAUGUGGAUGACGAGGAGAUGCUGGACGGGGUGGCCGAGUGGGAGUAUGAGAAUGGUAGUGAUGACGGUUCGGGGUCUGGCUCCGGGGGCGAGGAUGAGCAUGGGAGUGAAGGGGGUCGGGAGGGUUCGGAGAAUGGAGUGGGGUCUGAACAGCCCCAGGAGGAGGAGGAGGAGGAGGUGGUGGCUGAGGUGGUUGAGGAGGAGGUUGAGAAGGAGAAGCCGGCUGGCAGGGGGAAGCGGGCGAUCCCGACGAGGGGCAAGGCGAAGGCUGCGCCCGCUCCUGCGCGGGACGAGGAUGAGGUUGAAAAGUCGGGGAGUGAUCUCUCGGAAGAGGAAAAUGCGGAUGUGGAGAUGGAGGAGGCGGGUGAGGAUGCCGCCGAAGCGGCGGAGGAGAAGAACGGUGACGAUGAGGCGGAGGAGGAAGCCGAAGAGGAGGAAGAGCCCGAGCCUGAGCCCACGCCGCCGCCACGGAACGCUCGCAGGGCGAAGGCUGCUGCCGCCGCCGCCCCGGCUCCCAAAGCGGCUAAGCCUGCUGCGAAGGGCAAAGCUGCGCCUAAAGGGAAGGCUGCUGCUGCUGCUAAGGUCACUGAGAAACCUGCGCCUGCGCCGGCGAAAGCAGGGGGUAGGGUUACCAGGGGGAGGAAGAAGGCUGGUGAUGAGGAGGCGUGAAUGGGUUUAUUUGCUAGUUGUCAAAUUGCUGGAUAUGGAAUGGAGCGAGUAUAAAUCGGUGUCGGUGGGGGGGGGGUAUGAAUGGUUGGAAGAUGAACGUUCGCGCGCUCGACUUGAGAUGGGCAGUCAGUAUGAUUACGAUGUGCUAUUGUUUCGCUCCCAUUUUCUUACCUUUUUCAGUCUGGAGAUCUGGGGUGGUUGUGUCUCGGUUCUUAUCAUCUUGGUGGAUGGA